CGCGGUCAAUUUUUUUUCUUUUACUCCUUUUUUUUCCUUCUAUCUUCUUCAUUUCUUCAUUAUAGGAUUUCUUUGAUUACCUUGAAGACAUAUUUUCUAUAGUCUGUUAUUUUUUUAUUACUUCUUUCCUUUGAAAGUACAGAAUAGAAAUUGUCUAUAUAUCAUGUUAGAUACCCCCAACUCAUGUUUACUUGACGUGACCAACAACACCACCAUUACAACUUUAGUAUCGAUUAGUAAAAAUGGAACAUCACAAGACGAGUUUGACCAAGCACCUCCUCUCUCUUCACCAUCCUCAGUCUCAACUAUUUCUUCACCAUCGUCCUUGACUGAAGUUUCUAUGACUAAUGCCGCGACAACACUUGUUAAAAGACCAUUUUCAACACCUACUGAUAAGAAUGAAUGUUAUCUCGAUAGUGUUACACCAUCAACAACAACCGACAUUGGUCAAUAUUACUGGUGUAGAUAUUGUAAUAUUACAGAAUCAAGUCUUUGGCAACAUGGACCUUUUGGAGAGAACACAUGUUGCAACACCUGUUAUGAACGAAAAAACAGCGAGGAUCAACGCAACUGUACCUUGGAUUGGGGUAUCAACUAUUACCCAAAUCGACCUUUGGAUCAGUCAAAAGCUGAAUCAACCCCAUUUUUAUCAUCUACAACUGUUUUGAAUAACGUUACAUCCAAACGAAGGCGUAUCAUUGAAAGUCCACCUGACGAAUCUUCCACAAUUGCACCUACCACCACUUUAUCUUCACAACAGUCAACAUUGACCUCUUCUGAUACUGUCCAUUAUCCUAUUGAUACCUCAAUUUCCACUACAAAGGGAAAAAAGUCUACAAUGCGAUCCUGUGAUCUAUGUCAAUCCAGUCAAACACCAAUGUGGAGAAAGGGUCCUGAUGGAUUAAAUACGUAAGUUUUUAGAAUGUGUAUUAUGAUUCAAAAGCUCUAGGAAAAUGUAUACUCUUAUCAUCA